CCUUCCGCGCGUUCAGACCGCAUCCGUUGGUGUGGUCUCGCCCAGACCUUCUUCCCAGAGUCCUCUUGGUGGCCGUGCCUAGUGCCCGUCCGCAUGUUCAGGUCCCCUCCGCCCGCGCGUUCUUGCCCAGACCUUCUUCCCAGGGUUCUCCAGGCGGCCGUGCCCCAGGGAGUUUCUGUGCGUUCAGUCUGGACAGAUCUCUGUCCGCCCUGCGCGGCUGAGGCGCAGUCCACCUGCAUCAGCAUGUCCGGGACUGAGGAAGCAGUCCUUGGAGGCCGUGGCAGCCAGCCUGCUGGGGGCAGCCCCGUGCUAUGCUUUGGUCAGUACCAGUACACAGUGGAAGAACACCAGGCCAUCCAGAACGCCCUGAGGCAGAGGCUGGGCCCAGAGUACAUCAGUAGCCGCAUGGCUGGAGGAGGCCAGAAGGUGUGUUACAUUGAGGGUCACAGGGUCAUUAAUCUGGCCAAUGAGAUGUUCGGCUACAAUGGCUGGGCGCAUUCCAUCACCCAGCAGAACGUGGAUUUUGUUGACCUUAACAAUGGCAAGUUCUACGUGGGCGUCUGUGCGUUUGUGCGAGUCCAGCUGAAGGAUGGCUCGUAUCAUGAAGAUGUGGGCUACGGUGUCAGCGAGGGCCUCAAGUCAAAAGCCUUGUCCUUGGAAAAAGCCAGGAAGGAGGCAGUAACAGAUGGGCUGAAGCGGGCGCUGAGAAGUUUUGGGAACGCACUUGGAAACUGUAUUCUGGACAAAGACUAUCUGAGGUCACUGAACAAGCUUCCAUGCCAGCCGCCUCUUGAAGUGGAUUUAACUAAUGUAAAGAGACAAGAUUUUGAACCAUCUGUUGAACAAGCCAGAUACAGCAGCUGCCAGCAGAAUGUGACUCUGGAACCCCCUAAAGCCCGGGAGGUGACCUCACCGUGCAGACUGAGCCACUCAGCUGGCCCCCACGGUGUGACGCAGGGGGACAAGGAGAGCAGCUCCCGAAGCCUGGCCCCCGGCACCACGGAGAGCGAAGCCACGCUCCAGCGGAAGCUCCGGCAGAAGCAGCUGCAGCAGCAGUUCCGGGAACAGAUGGAGAGACAGCAGCAGGCUGCCUCCUCUGCCCUGUCCGCCGGAAGGAAGGACCAGGCGCAGCCGCCACCGGUGCCUCCUGCCAAGCCCAGCCUCCCCAGGACCCGCUCACCUUCGGAGCCACUCACCCAGAGAGACCUGCUCCCAGACAGUCUUGAAAUGUGGGACAUGGCUAUGGAUGCAGAGGACAGCGUGCUCAAGCCCUUGUUGAAACCAGAACCACCGCAGACCCCUACCAUCUCGGUCCUGAAGAACCACAUGGAGACCCAGAACAGGAUUCCACAAAGCCUCUACCACCAGACUCCACAGGCACAGUCUGGACCCUGGCACCUCCAAACUUUCAGCCUUAAACAACAAGCCACAGGGGACUGUGAUUCCUCUAGGAAGAAUCAGGACAUGAAGAAGAGGAAACUGGAUCCACCUUAACCAAGGCUCAGGUCACCUCCUGAACUCGGUCCUGACGGGACUUCAUUUUGGUCCUGAAAUGACUGCUCCUGCCUGAGGAGUGCGCUCCGCUUCAGGGCUCUGCCUGCUUCAUCCUGAACUCUGCCGGAGGACUUGGCACCUGCUCACAUCAAGUCGGGCAGUUGGGAAGCUCUGCAGAGACUCAGUGCCUUUUCUUGGGCUCCUCACUCUCUUUAUUCCUAAGCUAUUAUGUUAAUGAAGACAGAAAUCACCUCGGCCUGUGGUAAAUCCCUGAGUGACCUCUGACCUCUUGCUGUGGGGCCCCCCGUUUUCUAAUGCUGCCACGCAAGAUUGCAGUCUUCAUCACUAUCGUUCAUCAGCUAAUCAUGAAACAACUUCCUUUUUCUCCUAAGACCAAAGAAAAGGCAUUUUUAAGAAAGCAAAAUUAAAUCCUACCCUGUAACAAUAUAA